AUGGCUGCUUCAGUGAAGGUGGCUUUGGGGUCGUACGUUUGGGUAGAAGAUACAGAUGAAGCCUGGAUAGAUGGAGAAGUAAUCGAAGCUAACGAUGAUGAGGUCAAAGUAAAAUGUGAAACCAAGACGGUUUCCGCAAAAGUAAAUGCUGUCUACCCCAAGGACCCUGAGUUUCCUGAACUUGGUGUGGAUGACAUGACAAAGCUUGCUUAUUUGCAUGAACCAGGAGUUCUUCUCAAUCUAAAAGCCCGGUACAACGCAAAUGAAAUUUAUACAUACACAGGUAACAUACUGAUAGCUGUGAAUCCCUUUAAAAGAUUACACCACCUAUAUGGAAAUGAGAUCAUGGAACAGUAUAAAGGCUCAGAUUUUGGUGACUUAAGCCCACAUCCUUUUGCAGUUGCUGAUUCUGCAUAUAGAAAAAUGAUCAACGAAGGAGUAAGCCAGGCGAUCUUGGUGAGUGGAGAAAGCGGUGCUGGGAAGACAGAGAGCACCAAGAUGCUCAUGCAGUAUCUUGCAUACAUGGGUGGUAAAGCUGAGAGUGAAGGACGAUCUGUUGAACAACAAGUUUUGGAGUCAAAUCCAGUUUUAGAAGCUUUUGGUAAUGCAAAAACCGUCAGAAACAACAAUUCAAGGUGGAAUGAAGUUGAGCGGUAUAAAUUAGGGAAACCAAGCACAUUCCACUACCUUAAUCAAUCAAAUUGCCAUGCAUUGAGUGCAUUUGAUGACGCCAAGGAAUACAUAGCUACGAGGAAAGCUAUGGACGUUGUUGGGAUCACUUCUGAACAACAGGAUGCAAUCUUCCGGGUUGUUGCUGCUAUUCUUCAUCUAGGAAACAUUGAGUUUGUAAAGGGUGAAGAAUCAGAUGCUGCAGAACCCAAGGAUGAUAAAUCUCGGUUCCAUUUGAAAGUGGCUGCAGAACUUUUCAUGUGUGAUGAGAAAGCUUUAGAGGACUCCUUAUGCAAAAGGGUAAUGGUGACUCGUGGUGAAAGCAUUACAAAGUCUCUUGAUCCUGGUAGUGCAGCUCUAAGCAGAGAUGCUCUUGCCAAGAUUGUCUAUUCUAAAUUGUUUGAUUGGCUUGUGACUACGAUCAAUAAUUCUAUUGGCCAAGAUCCAAGUUCAAAGUACAUUAUUGGAGUCCUGGAUAUAUAUGGAUUCGAGAGUUUUAAGACAAACAGUUUUGAACAGUUUUGUAUAAACCUGACAAACGAGAAGCUGCAACAACAUUUCAACCAGCAUGUAUUCAAAAUGGAGCAAGAAGAGUAUACUAAAGAAGAGAUUGACUGGAGUUAUAUAGAGUUCAUUGAUAAUAAAGAUGUCCUUGAUCUUAUAGAAAAGAAACCUGGUGGCAUUAUUGCCCUUAUCGACGAGGCAUGUAUGUUUCCAAGAUCGACACAUGAAACACUUGCGGAAAAGCUAUACCAGACAUUUAACGGUCACAAGCGUUUUACCAAACCAAAAUUGGCUCGUACAGACUUUACCAUCUGCCAUUAUGCUGGUGAUGUAACUUAUCAGACUGAACUAUUUUUGGACAAGAACAAAGAUUAUGUUGUUGGAGAACAUCAAUCUCUCAUGAACUCUUCAGAAUGUUCUUUCGUCUCAUCUUUGUUUCCAAAACCACGAGAGGAAUCCUCCAAAUCAUCAAAGUUCUCAUCAAUAGGCUCUCAGUUCAAGCAACAACUACAAUCUUUGCUCGAUACGUUGAGCACCACAGAGCCGCACUAUGUACGUUGUGUUAAACCAAACAAUGUUCUUAAGCCAGAUAUUUUUGAGAACGCUAACGUUCUGCAUCAACUUAGGUGUGGGGGAGUCAUGGAAGCCAUUAGAAUUAGUUGUGCUGGAUAUCCUACUAGAAAGUCUUUCAGUGAGUUUUUAACUAGGUUCCGAAUUUUGAGUCCAGAGGCUACAAACAAAAGUUUUGAUGAAGUCGAUGCUUGUAAAAAACUACUAGCAAAAGUAGACCUAAAAGGUUUUCAGAUAGGGAAGACAAAGGUGUUUCUUAGGGCAGGUCAGAUGGCAGAGCUUGAUGCUCACCGAACUGAAGCUCUUGGCCAUUCAGCAAGGGUCAUACAGAGGAAAGUCCGUACUUAUCAGUCUCGUAAAAAAUAUGUUGUGUUGCAGUCCGCUUCAACUGUAAUCCAAGCCUUUUGUAGAGGUAAUACAUGUUGUAUGCAUAUUUGUAGGUACAUAGUUAGUUUCAGGUCUCAUAAGUCUUCUUCCACAGGACAUGUUGCACGCCUUCAGUUUAAGGCCAUGAGAAGAAACGCUGCUGCUCUGAGAAUUCAGAAGCAAGCCAGGACUUAUAUAUGCCAGAAAGCCUAUAAAAAGUUGUGUAUCUCAGCUAUUUAUGUUCAGACUGGAUUGCGUGCAAUGGCUGCUCGAGUUGAACUGCAAUACAGGAUGAAAAGAAAAGCGGCAAUCAAAAUUCAAGCAAGCUUAAAAUCUCAUUUGAUGACUUCUAUUUUAUCAAUAACAUGUAAGCUAUUGAUUCCACAGAGUCAAAUCAGAUGUUUUUUGUGUCGGAGGCGGUUUUUAAGAAUGAAGAAAGCAGCUAUCACCACUCAAUGUGGCUGGAGAGUGAAAGCUGCACGCCGAGAAUUGCUGAAGCUUAGAAUGGCUGCUAAGGAAACAGGAGCCCUCCAAGACGCUAAGAAUAAGUUAGAAAAGGAGUUGGAAGAACUCACUUCAUGCUUAGAGCUUGAGAAACAAAUGAGGAUGAAGCUUGAGGAAACUCAAGAAACCAAAAGUGAGGAGAUCUUGAAGCUGCAGACUGCUUUACAAGAACUUUCUAAGGAUCUGGAGCUGAAUCAUGAUCUCGCUGCAGAAAACGAACAUCUCAAGGAGUUGGUGAGCUCAUUACAAAGGAAAACUGAUGGAUCUGAGAUCAAAGAUGAAGAAACAAGUAAGACAAGUGUAGACCGAAUCAAACAUAAGGUUCCUGUCAUUGACAAUGAUGUGAUCAUCAAACUUGAAGCUGAAAAUCAACAGCUGAAGGCACUAGUGAGUUCGUUAGAGAAGAAACAUAACCAAAACGAUGGAAAUGAUUCACCAAACAAGCCAAAGGAAGGGACACACAUGCUGAAAGAAGAGGAUGUUACGGUUGAUAAUGAAAUGAUUAACAAGCUUGCUGCUGAAAACAAAGACUUAAAUGAUAUGGUACAUUUGUUGGAAAAAAAAAUAGAAGAAACAGAGAAGAAAUAUGAGGAAGCAAGUAAACUUUGUGAAGAGAGGCUUCAACAGGUUGUAGAAGCAGAGACAAAACUGAUCCAGUUAAAAACAUCUAUGCAAAUGCUUGAGGAAAAGGUCUCUGACAUGGAAGCAGAAGACAAAAUUCUACGGCAGCAAGCACUGAUUAACUCAGCUUCCAAGAAAAUGUCACCACAGAAAUGUAUUAACCUCUUUUAUUUCAUGUACAUCUUGCAGCCAAUGGAGAACGGACAUCAUGUAUCAUCAUUGGCUCCUAUACCAUCAGGAAAGUUUGGGGCAAUGUCUUUUAGACGAACUCCCGAACAACAACCUAGUGAAUACGUUGACGUCCUUCUCAGUUUUGUUUCUCAAAAAAUCGGUUUCAGCCAUGGAAAGCCUGUUGCGGCAUUUACAAUAUAUAAAUGUCUCAUACACUGGAAAAUAUUUGAAGCAGAGAAAACCAGUAUCUUUGAUCGUAUUGUUCCUCUCUUUGGUUCUGCUAUAGAGAAUCCGGAAGAUAAUGAUAAUUUGACAUAUUGGCUAACAAACACAUCUACGCUACUGUUCUUGCUUCAAAGAAGCUUGAAAACUCAUGGCGCAACUGGUGCAAGUGCGAAUAAACCUCCUCAGCCGACUUCAUUUUUUGGGAGAAUGACACAGGGUUUCCGUUCUACCUCUUCGGCGAGCCUUUCAGGUGACGUAGUGCAACAAGUAGAAGCUCGAGUUCCUGCUUUGCUUUUCAAGCAGCAGCUCACAGCCUACGUUGAAACAAUAUUUGGUAUAUUUCAAGAGAAUGUGAAGACAGAACUAGAGCCUGUGCUUUCUUCAUGCAUUCAGGCACUGAAAGAUUCAACACAUGAGCCCUCAGCCGAUUUACCAGCUGACUCAUCUAAACAGAAUUCACCAGCAACGCCAUCUAAAGAGAUUCCAACAGAAAAUUUGUCUGAAGGUAAUUCACCAGCAAAGCCAUCUGACGAGAAUCUACAGGUAAAGACAUCUGAAGUGAAUACAGAGGCAAAGCCAUCUGAAGACAGUACUCAGGCAGAGACAUCUGAAGAGAAUCCACAGGCAACGCCAUCCGCAGAGAAUUCACCAGCAAAACCUUGGCAAGGCAUCAUAGAUCUUUUGAACCGGCUUCUUGGCACAUUGAAGAAAAACUACGUUCCUCUGUUUCUUACUCAGAAGAUAUUCAGCCAAACAUUCCAAGGCAUCAACGUGCAAGUAUUCAACAGCCUUCUGGACCGAGAAUGCUGUACAUACCACAUGGGCAAAAAAGUGAAUGCUUGGUUUAAUGACCUAGAGUCAUGGUGUAGCCAAGCAACUGAAGACUUUAUAGGGUCUUCAUGGGAUGAAUUGAAACACACAAGACAAGCUGUGAUUCUCCUGGUUACAGAACAAAAGUCCACAAUUAAAUAUGAUGAUCUUACCACUAACCUCUGCCCGGCUCUUAGUACUCAACAAUUGUAUAGAAUAUGUACCCUCUGCAAAACUGAUGACCAUGAGGAUCAGAAUGUAUCUCCAGACGUGAUUUCCAACUUGAAACUUCUAAUAUCAGAUGAAGAAGAAGAAAGCCGUUCGUUCUUGUUAGACAAUGAUUCCAGUGUCCCAUUUGCAGCCGAUGAAAUCUCCAACUGUAUGGAAGAAAAGGAGUUUACCAAUGUAAAGCCAGCGCUUGAACUUGCUGAUAACCCUAACUUCCAGUUUCUAAAGGGCUAAGACCUAUUUUGACCACUGAUUUUGAUGAAACCAAAUUGUAGAGUAGUCACUUGCACAGAUUUACGGUAUGUAGAAUCUCGAUAGGUUUCCUUCGCAUAGGGUUUUUAAGAGGGUUUAUUGAGCUCACGUGUAGAAGGCUCUUCCUCUAUCUUCUUUUGAUUUGAUUAUUACGUGCUCA